GAAAGUCGGAGCUGUUGGAAUACCGAGUUGGAUAACCGUUCAAAUUGAUUUUUCCCAGUCGGAGCAGUUUUUUCCCCCGAGAUCCCAGUUGUUUGGAACGCACUUGAGUCGAAAGUAGGAGCUUUUCGAUUACCCAGUUGUUCUGAACGCAGCAUCAGUCCACUUUCCUCCCACCCCCCAACAAGUGUGUCUUUCAUCCUAACAAGAGCCAGUUUCUACGCAACUUGGCCAUACUUAGCAUCCUGGGAGUGGCGGUUGAUUCAAUAUGGCGGCAGCAAAGGAAGGAAAUAACAACUCAGGAUUUUAGGGGACUAAUGACACAAGCCUUGCCAGCUAGCUGGCAAUAAAGUUAUCAACACAUGCCAGGAACUUGAUGAACCCACUUCAGUAGCUUGCCUUAGCCAACUUCAACAUGGUGCUUUUUAUUGAAGUGAGGGUCUUGUUAGAGACCAAAUAUAUUUUCAUAAUUAAAUUCACACAGCAUCAGAUGAAGACCAACCUGUGGUGUUAAUUCCGGAGGGCAGCUCCAGGCCACCCCUGCACCUACAGUCCCACCCCCCAACCCAGCCACCCAGCAGCAUCUCCUCACCACUCCACAGGCGAUCUCUGAGAUGACCCAGGCUACGAACAGGACCUCUCUGAAGGACCUCUGUCCCCAGGAUAAGCGGCGCAUCGCCAACCUCAUCCAGGAGCUGGCCAGAGUGAGUGAAGAGAAGGAGUCGUCGGUACAGAGGCUGAGGGACGAACAGGAGACCUUUGAGCGCAAAAUCCUACAGCUUGAGCAGCAGAACCAGCUCAUUGUACAGGAGAGAGAGAGCCUACAGCAGCAGUAUCGGGAGUGUCAGGAGCUGCUUGGGCUCUACCAGCAGUACCUCUCUCAGCAGCAGGAGAAACUCAACCAGUCCAUUGCCCAGCUCAGCCACGCCCGCAGCUCCCACUAUAACUCCCAAAGCAAGGCCCCCAGCAGUGAGGGAGCCUCCACCAAGCUUAGCAGGGGAGAGAGGGCCACCGCCUUGGACGGCUCCUACCUAGACCUGCCCACUCUUGGAGGAACGGGGACAAACAGAGGAGGAAGAGAGCGAAAUGGUGGAGGAAGAGGAGCGGGAGGAAGAGUCCCAUCCCUGAGUCCUGCCUCUCUCUCGGACGACCUUCACUCAGACACCCCCCCUCCCUAUUCCUCCAGCGACCAAUCCCAGGGACCAAUGAAACCACGGGGCUGCCGAGGAGGGGCCCAUAGUGAGCUUCGUCUAGCGUCCCAACGCAGCAGACAGGAAAGUCUGGUCAACGGGAGGUUCCCCCAUAGGGGGGCCACAGAAGCCCCUCUACUGGGCAACACCAGCCCGCUGCUCCACAACGGCCCUGGUGAACUACUCAAAGACAGCAGAGGUCUACUUGGACCUGGAGGGUUACUACCCGGAGAAGACCCAUCGGGGGAGGGAGUAGAGGCAGAGGGGGCCCUCACAGCACCCCUCCUGGGCCCAGAGGACUGGGAGGAGAGGAGGCACCAGCUGUUCCUGCAGAAGCUGCAGCUGGAGGUGGAGAGAGAGCGGCUGCAGGCACGGCUGGCCCAGCAGGAGGAGCGUCUGAUCAGACAGAACCAGCAUCUCCGACACACACGCCUAGACUACAGCAGGUUCCAGCGAGCCACUUUAGAUGAACUCAGCCACUCCAUGUCCAGAAAUGGGACCGAUCCUUUACCCAACAGCCGUGCACUACUCAGUGAGAUGAGAGGGUGUGACGAUGCAGAGGACUUGGCAGCGGAGCAAGAAGUACCUCCAAUCAAAGACAAUACUGCACACAUCCCCCUGCAAAACUCCAUACACUCCCCUGAGCCCUGUCAUAACAAGUCCAGGAGGGAUAUAGCCACCUCUCCUGUGGUGCCCCAGAGCAUUCUCAAAGCCACCCCAGCACCGGUGAUGUCCCCCACUCUACCUAGGACCCCCCACGCUAGGCUGGACUCCUCAUUGAUUGAGUUGUUGGAGGUCUUCAGUCCCAUCUCUCUGCCCGAGCGAAACAGCCCCUCCGCCUAUCGAGGCAACCCUACCCGAUGCCAGCCCCCCCUCAGUGUCCCCAAACCAGCCCGCCAAGCUCUCCUCUCCUCCCCUUAUCGGACCCCCCAACAGGACCUGGAGGAGAGCCAGAUACUGGAAGAGAUUUUCUUCAUCUGCUGAUUCGGGGGUCCGGGGGUAGUUACCCUGAGGGGCAAAAAAUUACAAUUCUUAAUGGUUUACUUGAUAUUUCCCAUUGGCUCCUAAAUUGAGGUCAGUGCCUUCUGUUUGUUUUGGUUUGAAAUUUCCAAAUAAGACAAUCAUGAUUUAGGUAAUUGUAUGAUUGUAUUUUUAUAAUGCAAUUGUUUUUAUAUUGAUUGUUUUUUAUAUUAAAUGUAAAUAAAUGUAAAGAAUUUUGUG